GUAUUGAAGUGACGUCACGAGAAGAGGAAGGCGUCGGCCAUUUUAUAAUCUUCGUCGCCGUUCUUUAGCGCUAGGGUGGGCAGGCUAGUAUUUUUAUAUUUGUUUUAGCCUGUUUCGGACAGAAUCAAACACACGUCAUGGAGGAGAAAGCCUCGUUGAAGGAACUGGAUCAGUGGAUAGAGCAGCUCAAUGAAUGCAAACAACUCACGGAGAGCCAAGUUAAAACAUUAUGCGAUAAGGCAAAAGAAAUUUUAGCCAAAGAGUCCAACGUCCAAGAAGUGAAAUGCCCAGUAACAGUCUGUGGAGAUGUGCAUGGACAGUUCCAUGAUUUGAUGGAGCUUUUCCGGAUAGGUGGCAAGAGUCCAGAUACUAACUAUUUGUUUAUGGGUGACUAUGUUGACCGUGGUUAUUAUUCUGUUGAGACUGUCACAUUGCUAGUUGCUCUUAAGGUGCGCUACAGGGAAAGAAUAACAAUUUUGAGAGGUAAUCAUGAAUCACGUCAGAUUACCCAGGUAUACGGUUUCUAUGACGAGUGCCUCCGCAAGUAUGGAAAUGCAAAUGUCUGGAAAUUCUUCACGGACUUGUUUGACUACCUACCACUGACAGCCUUGGUUGAUGGACAAAUAUUCUGCCUUCAUGGUGGCUUGUCACCAUCAAUUGACACACUGGAUCACAUUCGAGCUCUGGACCGCUUACAGGAAGUUCCUCAUGAGGGUCCCAUGUGUGAUUUGCUUUGGUCUGAUCCGGAUGAUCGAGGAGGCUGGGGUAUCUCACCCCGAGGUGCAGGUUAUACCUUUGGCCAAGAUAUAUCAGAAACAUUCAAUCACACCAAUGGUCUAACACUUGUCUCCCGGGCUCACCAGCUUGUCAUGGAAGGUUAUAAUUGGUGUCAUGAUCGUAAUGUGGUUACUAUCUUCUCGGCUCCCAACUACUGCUACCGCUGUGGAAAUCAGGCAGCAAUUAUGGAACUGGAUGAUGCAUUGAAAUACUCAUUCCUGCAGUUUGAUCCAGCACCAAGGCGUGGCGAACCACAUGUCACAAGGAGGACCCCUGACUACUUUUUGUAGAGGCACAGCACUUCCAAAACUCCCUUGCAAGAGAGACUUUCAAUAGUGGCAUAUAUCCAUUCAAGUUAAAGAGAUGAGCACAGGAGUUCAUGUACAGCUGUCUGCAGUGAUGCUAGGCCAUCAUAUGACCUAGAACACUUCAUGUGAUAGGGACUAAAAUCACUGUUACAUUGUUCUGCAUCAUUUGUUGCUAUAAACAUUGCAGUCCUUCUUCGAUAUCAAGAGGGGAUAAACUUGAACCAUGUGCAUUGUUACAUUUUAACAUCUAGUUUUUUCUUUUCUUUGUAAGGGGUUGUAGAUCAUUUUGAACAAUCCUGUUGUCUGAGAAGUGUUUCUGCCGUUAAAGUGCAUCAUUUAGGUGAAUUUUAUAGGUCUGAGUUUAUCAAAUGUGAGGACUAUUUUCAUUUAUCUAGCAUUUUGAAACGUCAGCUUUUUUGUUUUAAAUGGAACUUUAUUAUAAAAACUACCUGGAUUUUAUUUCUCUGAUAGCUGUGUUCUUCUGAAAUGUAGGUCAUUCCUGUUCUUGAUGUUUAUGUGUAGAAGCCAUGUUUGAAACCUUAGUCUUGCAAACACUUUUAAGGAGGCCCAAGGUUUUGAACAUGGCCCAGCUUGUAAUGUUUAAUCGAGGUUACUUUCUGUCUGUUAUUUAAAGAUCCCUGUUGGUCUCUCAUAUCUUUGAUAUUGACUGGAGUUAAUACUAUCUUGGUUCAUAACAUUUUUUUAAAAGUGUUCUUUUUUUUUUCCUUUUAAUACCAACAUUGGUGUUUGACUAUUUACCUGGUGUGAAUAGUAAUAAAAAAUUUGGUCUAUGUCUCUCAAAUUUUAAAAGGGAGAGUGGGCCAGUGAGAAAUGACCUUGGUGAAAUCAUCUUUGUGUCAUUGCUGUGCCUGAUGGGCAAAGCGACUGAUUGCAGCUGCCUAGCAAUGGCGCUCAAUGUUGAUUUGCUUCAUUAUUAGUGUUAGCGUGCACAAGUGGAAACAUAUGCGCGUAUUUGAGUGAGGAAAUGUGGGAAUGCGAGUUAGUAUGUACGAGUUUGUAUGUCGUGUGAGUGGCUCUGUAUAUCUGUGAAGAGAAUGCUUGUUAGUGUAAACCAUAAGAACAUUUUCUUGAGGUGUUGCUCGUAAAUUCUAUGGGCCCUCUCUAUUUAUUGAAAGUGCUGUCUGAGGUAUUACUUGUGGAACGUUUGAACUAAAGAAUGUUUGACUAGGAUUUGAUUGAGGAUCAGGUUGUUAAGUACCUACCAAAUGAAUAAGCCUAUGAAAUGUAAACCAUCCCAAUUUAUUUAUCUUGUAGCAUUUUUCAUAAUGCCUCAUGGUAUUCACAAUUUUAUUUGUGUUAUGCAUCUAUAGGGGACCAUCUGCUAGGAUGAGCUUUCCUCAGAUCUUUUGUUUUAAACAUACAUCUUGGCUUUAUUGUUUAAAGGAACUUUUUCUGUCAAGACAACAUAUCCACUUAUUUCGAUUGUGGGUAUUAUCCCCGCCCUACCCUUGGCUUCCUAAAUUUUUACCAAUCAAAAUGACCUUAACUUUAAAAAUUAAGCCCCUAAUGAUCAGAGUAGUAAAACUGACCCUGAUUGUAGAUAUCAACACUCAAGCCAUUAAUUAUUGAAUUGUGAUCUUUCAAGAAUUAAGUCCCCAUGCAUUAUUUCUAAAGUUAUACAAUCUCUUGGCAAAGAACAAAUUAAAUAGACUGGUGUUUGAAUUGUUUGUGCUUGCAGCUCUAAAGAGAUGUAAAGCUGUGUUUCCUUAAAUAGAACACAUGAAAAAUGGUGGUGUUGCCUUUCACAACCUGUAUAUUUGAACAAACUGUUACUAGAUCAGUAUCUAAUGAUAUCCAACAUUGUUGGCAGUGUGUAGCUUUUUAUCAAAAUGUGCUUUGCAAAACAUUCUUAUUCUCAGACAAUCUUUUUAAGCAAAAUCGUAACACUAAAAUAAGAACUUAAUGUCAAAUUGUCUUUGGGUAGGGUUAUAGAUUUGUUGAUUUUAUUUUGGCAUGUGCAUUUUUUGUCAAAUAUUAUUUGGAGGGGCGUGUUUGUUGAUUAUUCUGAAACAAUUCAAAAAAGAUGUACUGCAGAUGAUGUGCUAACAAAUAAAUAUUACUUCUCAUUCUA